GGGUCCGGCGUCGCCGGGCGCUGCGAGCCCCGCGCCGGGUGGCCGCGGUAAGGAGGGGAAGAUGGCGGAGUAGAGAGGAAGCGGCAGAGAGGUCGGGGCCGGCCGCGGCCCCGCGGCUUCGGCCGCGCUCAGACUCACUUAAGAGCAUGUGGAUUGAUCAAAAAUAAUGCUGUGCCACAAACAGAUCUGGUUUUCUCCAUCUUCGUAACAAGGCUAAGACUUUUCCCAACAGUGCGAGUGAGGAUGGUCAAGCUCAUGAUGAACUGAAGCAUUUCAGUGCCUCAGAAGAAGUGAUGAUGAUAUGCUGUGUGUCCAUUUUCACGAUCUACUUGCCACUUCUAACGCAAGAGUUGGAAGUUGUCACUGGAAGAUUAUUUCUGAACUUGAUCAAGUAAAGGAUUAAGGCAGACAAAUUGUUGAAAGCGCUGAAGGAGCACUUAAAUGGAAUAAAACAGGAGAAUGAACACAUGGACUCUGAGAAAAGUGCACCUGCUACAAAUGAAUCAGACAAACUGGGCAAUCAGGAGGAAAUUAUGCUUGAUUCAAUGUCUUUUGUUACAAAAAAACGUGGUAAAGAAAAGAGAACAACCAGAAAGAAGAGGAACUGUAAUGAUGAAACUAAUACAAAUGAAGAAAACACCGGGCUUUCUGAUGGCAAAGAGAAAUGUUCCGAAAUGAAAGAAAAUGAAAUGCCUGAGCAAGAAAAGAGACAAAAUGAGGAACCGGUAACUAAAAAGAGAGCUGUCGAAAGCCCAGGGAUGGGUACUGGUCAGCAAGAACAACCAGAGAUGACUUCUACUAAAGGCAAUGCUUAUCCUGCAAGAGGGAAAAUCCCUUUAUAUGUAGGCCGUGCAUCUAGGACUGGGAAAACAGGAAUGAAAGCUACUACACCAAACUUCAAAAAAUUGCACGAGGCUCACUUUAAGAAGAUGGAAUCUAUUGCUGAUUACGUUGAGAGGAAAAAAAAAAUUAUUGAAAACUGCAGCAAUUCUCUUGGUGAAGUCAAGGUGCUGGCCAAAAGAUCAAAUUACUUAAGAGCAUCAGAAAAAGGCACUCCACUGAACAACCCAAAGAAACAAACCAGUGGCAAAACAUUUUUAUUCAGCCCAAAUCCAGGAAGAGGCAAACUCUCCACCACCUGCACUCCUAGCAACAUCUGCCGCUCACCACGCAGCAACCUGAACACUGCCAGCCGCAGUAUUUUAUCCAAGAAGUCGACGUUUCAGCCUUCUGUCCUUUCAACAUCGAAAAUGAAUGUCAGGUUCUCAGAGGCCACAAAAGAUAAUGAGCACAAGCGCUCUCUCACCAAGACCCCAUCUAGGAUGUCUCCAUUCCUAGAGAUCUGCACACCCGACAGCCAGAAGAGAUGCCAAACUAUAAAUCAGCAAAGCAACAAGGGAAAUGCAAGAAAUAAGGAGCAGGCUGCAUCAAAGGGUAAAGUGGCUGUUGUCACCCCCUUCAAGUUCUCGGCUCACUCUGCAGAACCCACAAGCACAAAGAAGACAUUCGAUCUCAAAGCAAGCCUAUCAAGGCCGCUUCGGUAUCAGCCACACAAAGGACGACUAAAACCCUGGGGAGAAAGUAAAGAAAACACUGCCCUGAACAAGUCUGUCAAUAAUACCUCCUCGCGUCAGAAGGAUUACAAACAGCCGCGUCUCCAAACAAGGGAGGAAAGGCGUGAGAAGCACGAGGAACAGAGGAAAAAGAAAAAGGCUCAGGUUCUUGGCAACCGCAGAGGACUAUCUGUGGCUUAGGAGGAGUAUCUAAGAAAUCACUGUAAAUACUGUUGCUGCCAUGUAAAUAUUUUGCUGUUGUGUGUGGUUCAGGUCAUUAUUAACUAGUGGAAUCCAGAGAGUGUUUGAUGAGACCGUGUAAUGCAUGAGUGUAGUGUUUUGGCAAUCAACUUCAACAUGAACUUUUAGGAGCUUAGAACUAUCUAACUGUUUUCAUUUAACUGAAAGAAGUUAAAGGAGAAAGUAAGUGGGGGAAAAAUGAUGCUCAAGAAGCCAGAACGCAUUUGUGACCCUGCUUUGGAUUGCAGGCUUCAAAACAUUCCACUGGUGAAUUACAGCAGUUGGAGAUGUCUGCUUGCCCCCUUCUCCAGAUCACUCCUUAAAUUGUGUGACAAUAGUUGCAGCAGUUACUCAGCAUUUCUGAUUGCAUGCCUGUGAGGUAGUAGGGAACUUCCACGCUCUCUGGAAACAAAAAGCAUAAUAGAGUUGUAAAAUACCCUAUUUUUAACAAGUCAAAUUGAAAGUGGCCUUUACAGAUUGCCGACUGGAUGCUUUCAACAGUUGUUUUUUUCCUUUCUAUGGCAAAUAACAGAUGGUAACAAAAUUCUUCUGCUUUUCCUCUCUGCUUAAAAGAGGUGCCUGGGGCACAUUCAAUACCUUAGAUUUAAAAGCUGUUACUGUUACUUUAAAAAAAUCCCUAGAAAAGCUGUCUGGAUUUGUUAUGGAUGGAACUGGAAGGUAGCUUAGCAGUUGUUGUUUCAGAUAGGAUUUUGAGCAAAAAAUUCUUGCAGUGAAUUUAGUGUCCUAUCAAAUAUAUGUUGAAAUGUCAAGAACAAGCAGUUUGGUGUUUUUAUAAACUUGGGGGGAGAAAAUAAAUCUUUUGUUUGUAUCCUA